AUGUCGACGAGAUUCAGCGGUGAUCCUACAUGGACCAAGCCAAUGCCUGUCAAUGGGCAAGGGAUCUUCACCUUCGAUAUCACAAGGAGCAGUCCAUUCAGGAUCGUAGUGACCAAAUCGUCAUCAACUGACAGCAUCAGGCUCACUAUUGGUAGCAACUUCGCCGAGUUUGGGAUGACACAAAACCAUAUAUACAGCAGACUUAAACGAACCGAACACCCAGACAGCGGGUAUGACGAAGAAAGGGAGAUCACCUAUUGGUUCAGUUACAACAGGGAUAGCCUCGUUUUGAAAUACGGCAAGGGCUACACAAUGGAGGAAACCACGUGCCUUCAGUACGACUUUCUUGCAGGAGCAACGCCUGCUGAACAAGAUAAAAUAAGAUGUCGUUAUCAUGGUUUCUUCAAUGCGGAGGAUCAAGGUGUGGUGCGACUGUACGAUUGUUUAGCAUCUACAUCGCCUGAUCCGAAAGAAACUGAAAAUAAAGUUGUCUUCCGAAAAAACCCAUUCAUUUACAAUCUAUCUCCUCUUGUCCUGGAUAGCGCACAAGCGACUCUAUUCACGCUGGAUAACAACAGUUACACCCUGACAGGAAGUCUUCCCGCUGCAUGCAAGGAGCUGUACGACAACAUCCGUAACUGCGAGUUAAACUGUCCACCGGAAGUGGAUGAUGUUCUUCUCUCUGACGCCAUCAGGUUCAGUAUCGAAACCGACGGCUGCCUCCUCUUUAACAAGCUGAAGGAGAAAGCUGGGGAAUUCGGCCCAGGAAGUGGAGCAGAGGAGACUUACCUACGGGUGACGCUAGGACAUUGUUUCGGGAACUCUCCAGGAAUACCGUACGUCCUCGAGAUUUGGCCGUCAAAACACUACAGUCCAAUCCAUAACCAUGGGAACGCGAACGCUGUCAUCAAAGUCUUGUUUGGCCAAAUAAACAUUUCCAUUUACAACAAGCAGACGACAGAGCUUGAUGCAACUCCUUUGAAAUCUUUUAAUGCCUGCAAAGGAGAUGUGACAUGGAUUAGCAGGGAUUGGUUCCAAACACACAAGCUACGGAACAAUACCGACGACUUUUGCGCCACCAUCCAAUGUUACAAUUACGACGCAGGGGACACAACUCACUGGCCAUAUUUCGAAUAUGUCAGUGAGAACAGCACCAUUGAAGAGUUUCUGCCGAACUCUGAUUUUACCUUUAAAGAUAUGCACCACAAGGUACUUGAUGAAUAUCGACACGGUUGCAGCUCUGUAAAUGAAUCGCAACACUUAGGGACAUACGGCCAGUGUCAGAGGCUGUAUAAACGUAUUAUCAAUGUAAAAGAUGAGCGGAAAUCACAAUAACACUACACUGACAUUAUUUUAUGACUUUUUGAUGGAGAU